UUUAAAGGUAUGGAGAGUGGAAAGAGUUUUACUGAUAGUGGAACACUUAGAACACAUCAGGGGAAUCACAUGGGGAAGAAAAGGUUCCAAUGCAGGGAGUCUGGAAAGAGGUUCAAUCAGAGGGUAAACCUCAAUAUACAUCAGCGGUCUCACACAAGUGAAAAACUAUAUAAAUGUAUGGAGUGCGGACAGCACUAUAGUGAUAGUGGAAACCUUAGAAGACACCUACAGAUUCACACAGGAGCGAAACCAUUUAAAUGUAUGGAGUGUGGAAAGAGUUUUAGUGAUAAGGGAAACCUUAGAAGACACCAACGGACUCACACAGGAGAGAAACCAUUUAAAUGUAUGGAGUGUGGAAAGAGUUUUGGUGAUAAUGGAAACCUUAGAAGACACCAACGGACUCACACAGGAGAGAAACCAUAUAAAUGUAUGGAGUGUGGAAAGAGUUUUAGUGAUAAUGGAAACUUUAAAUUACACCAGCAAACUCACAUGGGAGAAAAACCGUAUGAAUGCAUGGAGUGUGGAAAAAGCUUCCGUUUCAAUGCAAAACUUAAAACACAUCAACGGACUCACACAGGGGAGAAACCUUUUAAAUGCAUGGAGUGCGGAAAAAGCUUCAGUUCAAAUGGAAACCUUAGAAGCCAUCAACGGACUCACACAGGAGAGAAACCAUAUAAAUGUAUGGAGUGUGGAAAGAGUUUCAGUCACAGUGGUCACCUCAAUAUACAUCUACAGACUCAUACAGGAGAGAAACCAUUUAAUUGCAUGGAGUGUGGGAAGAGCUUCGGUCAGAGUGGACAACUUAGAGGACAUCUUCAGACUCAUACAGGAGAGAAACCAUUUAAAUGCAUGGAGUGUGGAAAGAGCUUCAGUUUAAAUGCAAACCUUAGAAGCCAUCAACGGACUCACACGGGUGAAAAACCAUAUAAAUGUAUGGAGUGUGGAAAAAGUUUUAGUGGUAAUGCAAACCUUAGAAAACAUCAACGGACUCACACAGGAGAGAAACCGUAUAAAUGUAUGGAGUGUGGAAAGAGUUUCAGUUACAGUGGACACCUCAAUAGACAUCAACGGACUCAUACAGGAGAGAAACCAUAUAAAUGCAUGGAGUGUGGAAAGAACUUCAGUAGGAGUAGACAACUCAAUAGACAUCUACAGAUUCACACAGGGGAGGAACCAUUUAAAUGCAUGGAGUGUGGAAAGAGCUUCAGUUUUAAUGAGUCCCUUAGAAGACACCAACGGACUCACACAGGAGAGAAACCAUAUAAAUGUAUGGAGUGUGGAAAGAGUUUUAGUGAUAAUGGAAACCUUAGACAACAUCAACGGACUCACACAGGAGAGAAACCAUAUAAAUGUAUGGAGUGUGGAAAGAGUUUCAGUCACAGUGGAAAUCUUAGAAGACAUCAGCAGACACAUGGGAAAGAAACCAUAUAAAUUUAUGGCAUGUGGAAGGAACUUCAGUCAGAGGGGAGCCCUUGAUUUAAGUCAAGAAACUUACACAAGAGACAAACCAUAUAAAUGUCAGGAAAGUAGAUAGAGGGUCAGUCCUAGUGGAAGUCCUAUAUCAACAGACUCAUGAGCAGGAAGAACUUUAAUAGUUUAACCAUACAAACCCAUCAACAACUCAAGAGGAGAAGCAGUUUAAAUGGAAAGAUUUGCAGAAAGUGCUUUUGUUAUAAUGGAGUGUUUGAGAAACAUCUUGGAACUCUCAAAAGGGAGAACCCAUUUAGAUAUAUGGAAUGUGGGACGUGUUCCUCUCAGGGUCCACUCUUUUCUGCACAGCAAUGAACUCAGCAUGAAAUCAGUCUUAAAAGCAUGAUUACAGGUAGGUAGCCGUGUUGGUCUGGGUCGAAGUAAAAUAAAAAAAUUCCUUCAGUAGCACCUUAAAGACCAACUAAGUUUUUAUUUUGGUAUGAGCUUUCGUGUGCAUGCACACUUCUUCAG